UUCAAUUCCAACCUUGGUAAUGAAGUGAUGUUUUUCACCGGUUGUCCACGUUAGGUCAGAUCAUCCUUUAUUAUCUGUUGAUGUAAAGUGUUCCAGCAGCAGGAGGACCUGUGGUAUCGCUCUUUAACACACCGCAGGUGAAGGAGUCUGUCACUGAAAGACCUAUUUAAUAACGCACGGGGUAAGCGCGUGUUUUGUAGUCCAUUUUCAGAACAAUGUAGUUCCACCACGGCAGACCACGUCACUAACAUCCGCCGCCGUCGCAUCAUAAUAACGGAGUCUAGUGAAAGUGCAGUCGGAUUCUCCUAACACCGCUGUUGUCUUUUCCUGAGUCCUUCUGAAUUCUCCUUCUCAUCUUUCUUUGACCUCAUGACGUUUUCCAUCGAGGUCAAGGAAAAGUGGUUAGGAAAAGACUUUAGGACGUAAUUAUUUGACUUUUCGAACGCAAGCCAGAGUUCCUCCGCCUCAGUGAAACCUUUUUGAAAGUGGAACAGGUGUGUUUCUCUUUCAGGUACAUGACGAUGUCCGCCACCGCCUGUCAAGAACCCGUCCAACACUCCGGACUGCUCCGGUUCUACUCGGCCGUGUUCUACGCCGGCAGUUCGUUUCUCAUCACGGUGGUGAAUAAAACCGUGCUGACGAGCUACAGGUUUCCCUCCUACAUGUAUCUGGGAAUCGGCCAGAUGAUCACCACUCUGGUUUUGCUUUCUGCUGCCAAAAUGAGAAAAACAGUCCAGUUUCCAGAUUUUGACAGAGGUAUUCUCUUUAAAAUUUUCCCACUUCCUUUACUGUAUCUGGGGAACCAUAUAACCGGACUGGCAAGCACCAAAAAACUCAGCUUACCCAUGUUUACAGUACUACGGAAAUUCACCAUAUUGAUGACAAUGAUCUUGGAAGUAUAUCUGCUAAGAAAAACAUUCUCCAGACGUCUUGUGUACAGUGUUGUGGCCAUAGUCCUCGGUGCCAUGGUCGCUGCUAGUUCUGACCUGGCCUUCGACCUGGAAGGCUAUACGUUCAUCCUGCUCAAUGAUGCCUUCACUGCUGCCAGCAAUGUGUACACCAAGAAGAAACUUGGCACUGAGGGCCUUGGGAAGUAUGGUGUCUUAUUUUACAAUGCACUAAUCAUUGUCAUCCCCACUCUCUUGGCAAGUGCAUUUACUGGAGAUUUACACAAGGCAGUCACAUUUGAGGACUGGGUUGAAGCCACUUUUAUUUUCUGUUUCCUUAUGUCCUGCUUUAUGGGAUUUGUGCUGAUGUAUUCCAUCGUCCUGUGCAGCUAUUACAACUCAGCACUUACUACAACAGUAGUGGGGGCAAUAAAGAAUGUGGCAGUAGCCUAUAUUGGCAUCUUUGUGGGUGGAGACUACCUGUUCUCCUGGACCAACUUUCUAGGCCUCAGCAUUUGUAUGUCAGGUGGACUAGUGUACUCAUAUUUCACCUUUAACCACAAAUCAUCUGGAAAUAAUGCAGAAGGAGUGCAAGAGCUGAGGGUUCACAUCACAGAAGAUUCAACAGGGAAGUGCUCUGCAAACUAAAUGGACAAUAUUUGAGCUUUCACCACUGGGGGGUGUUGUUCUGCUCCAUAAUGGAACAUCAUAUUGCUUCUAAACCUUUAUUUUUAUGUUCAUUUAAAAUCAAUGCUAUCUAUUUAAUUACUAUUUAUAACUAAAUCAUGAUAAUAAAUUGACAAGAAGUUGAAAUUCUGGGUCA